AUGGCAGACUCGGAACACGUCGAGCCCGACUCUCAAGAGUUAAUCGAGCCCGAUGUUGGUCCUCUUUUAACCUCCAUCUAUGGCUUUGCCGAGCCUAACACUCACUCGCAGACCUUUGAUGACAAUGACUCUUCAUAUCAGAGCUCGCUGGGCGACGCCAGCUAUACGACGAGCAUCACUUCCAGCGCCAUGAACUACACAUACGAGGUACAUCCUUCAGCUGUUGCGUCGAACGCAGUUAACGCCUCCAGAACGGUCGCCGAUAUCACUCAUAUCAUGAAGGGGAAUACGUCUUGCCGAAUGACGAACAAGAACAAGAUCGACUCGACCUGGUUAACCCACCACAUCUACCGCAUGCUCCUCCAAGGCGAACUCCAACGAGCACCGAUAAAGAACCCAGCGCGGGUAUUAGAUAUCGGGACGGGGACGGGGAUAUGGGCGAUAGAUUUCGCAGACGAACACCCGGAGACCGAAGUCAUCGGAAACGACCUCAGCCCCAUCCAACCAUCCUGGAUCCCACCAAACUGCCGCUUCGAAGUCGACGACUUCGAACUCACCUGGUCCUACAGCCAACCCUUCGACUUCAUCCACGGCCGCGAACUCGAAGGCUCCAUCCGCGACCACAACCACGUCUUCAGCGAAGCCUUCAAGUCGCUAAAGCCGGGCGGGUGGUUCGAGAUCUCCUCGUUCGACGUAAACUCCUACAGCGACGACGAAACACACCUGCGCGCAAAGUGCAUGCGCUCCGUCGUGGAAAACCUACACGCCGCGUCCAAGAAGUUCGGAAAGGACAUGAACACAACGCAUACGUGGCGCGAGCGGCUCGAAAAAGCGGGCUUCGUCAACGUCACCGAGGAAACGUAUAAAUUGCCGCAGAGCCCGUGGGCGAAGGACCCCAAGAUGAAGGAGCUCGGGCGCUACCACCAGCUUAAUAUGUUUGAGGCGAUGCCGACGUACUGCUAUGCGCUUUUUACGAGGGUGCUCGGGUGGCAGAGGCCGGAGAUUGAGGUGCUGGUUGCGGGGAUUCGGGCGGAGCUGAAGGAUAUGAGUAUGCAUCUCUAUACGAAGGUGCAUGUGAUUUAUGGGCAGAAGCCGGAGUAA